ACGGAUGAUCGGAUCUCUCAUAACUGAGAACACAUGAAUGAACUGAAUUUGAAAAUUUACCCACCUGGUUAACGGCACAUAAUGCAUCGGUACGGAUCGCCACCCAAGAGCUGGCUUGGUCUUCGUUUGCGACUGAGUGAGAAGCCUGUACAGGAGGAAAAGACUGGCAUCUUGUGUCAGCAUCCAAACUGCUCUGAACGCCGGCUUGCUUGCAAGGUCUGUCACCACCCCUUGUGUCAGGACCUUAGUGACGGCAGCCCACUUCACCUCUGCGAGUCAUGUGACUCAAACUGCCACCCUGUUGCCUUUGAUGGCAUGCACUUUGAUAGGCACCCACGGUUUGACCUGCAGCCACAAGGUUCCAUCCUGGCCCGGAACGUGUCCACUCGUUCCUGUCCACCUCGCACUGGUCCCCCCUCUGACAUGGAGGAUGGAGAGGAUGGGUGCUCUGACCUAGGGGAUCGCAAGAGUGGAGGAAUUAGGCUGGUUAAGAAAAAGACCAGACGGCGACACACAGAUGACCCCAGCAAAGAGUGCUUCACUCUGAAGUUUGACCUAAAUAUUGACGUCAGCAUGGAGAUCGUCCCAGCUGUGAAGAAGAAAACUUUAAGAGAAGUCCUGGGAGCUGUGUUUGAGAGAAAAGGCAUUGAGCUGUCACGCGUCAACCUGUUCCUAGAUCAGUCCAACACCCCUCUUUCACUUGGAUUUGAAGCCUACCGCUUUGGUGGCCACUACCUCAGAGUACGAGCUCAACCAGGAGAGGAGAUGAAGGUGGAGAGGUGUGUGAAGGACCCUCGUUCUCUCAGUUUGCCUAUCAUGAGGUCGUCCAGCGGUAACAACUCCUCUAUUGAGCGAGCGGAGCAUGGCUCUCUGGGACGCCGAGAGGCGGCAGACCUGCUAGUUGGCCUGAGUCAAGCGCGUCGGCGAAAGAACAUGCCGGAGUUUCUGGGCGAUGCCAGCGUCCCCAUUCAAGACUCAGUAUCCCAGUUGGGCAGUUCUCUCUCAGGCUCAAUAAUGGGUACAGACCGUUGGAGGAACCGUGCAGCCAGCCGCUUCAGCGGCCUCUUCAGUUCCAACUCAGGAAACGUCACUCUUGGCAAGGAGUGUGAUCGUGUGGACCAGUUACAGAGUAAGCUGUACUCCUACACUAUGUUUGGAUUACCAAAGAUGCCACAGCAGCUCUCCUUCCACAGGGACUCAUGGGAAGAAGAGCCUAACCUGGAGCUAGAGGAGAGCUGGAAGCAGCUACUGGAGAACCCUGAGCAUUUAACUAAGCGCCAGUGCCAUCAGCAGGAGGCAAUAUGGGAAUUACUGCAGACAGAGUCAGACUACAUCAAGAAACUACACGUCAUUACUGAUCUGUUUCUAUGUGGACUGCUAAACUUGCAGGAGAGUGGUUUACUGAGUGAAGUGGAACCUGUGCGUCUCUUCAGUAAUAUUCAGGACAUUGUACAACUGCAUACAUCCCUAUGGGCUGAGAUCAUGCUGCCUGCACUGGAGAAAGCCAGACAGAAACGAACACUGCUCGACCCCAGUGACCUGUAUCAGGGCUUUAGCACUUUUGGUUUCAGAUUCAAGCCUUACAUACAUUACUGCAUGGAGGAAGAGGGCUGUAUGGAGUACAUGCGCACUUUACUGAAAUACAAUGAGCUCUUCAGAAUAUACGUAACUUGGGCUGAGACUCAUAAACAGUGCAACCGGCUGAAGCUGACAGAUAUGUUAGUGAAGCCUCAUCAGAGACUUACUAAAUACCCACUGCUGCUUAAGAGCGUGCUGAAAAAAACUGAUGACCAGCCAACUCGAGAGGCCAUAAACAGAAUGGUGGCUGCUGUUGAAUGCUUCAUUAACAGUGUGGACUCUCAAAUGAGACAAAGGGAGGAAAAACAGAAGCUGGCUGCCAUUGCUGGUCGUAUAGAGGCGUAUGAGGCCGUGGAGGGGGCCAGUGAGGAAGUGGAGAGGAUCCUCAAGGAAUAUAAUAACUUUGACCUGACCGCUCCAGUGAUGGGUGCCUCACCAGAAGAGACCCGUCAGCUGCUCUUAGAGGGAGCUCUAAAGAUGAAGGAGGGGAAAGAAAGCAGGAUGGAUGUGUACUGUUUCCUGUUCACUGAUGUUCUGUUGAUUACUAAGCCUGUGAAGCGAGUGGAAAAGGUGAAGGUGAUCCGGCAGCCUCUCGUUAUCCAUUAUGUGGUGUGCCGAGAACUGAAGGACCCCGGAAGCUUCCUCCUCAUCUACCUCAAUGAAUUUCGUUGCGCCGUGGCCUCCUACUGCUUUCAGGCCAACAGUGGCGCUCAGGGCCGCAGCUGGAUGGAGGCCAUCUACAAUGCACAGAAUCAACUCCUGAGACUUCGUUCAGAGUCCCAGAGAGAUGACGCAGAUGACAGAGAUGAGGAUGAGACGGAAAGCAGCAUGUCCACAUCCAGCUCACCAUCACUUCAAUACAGAGAGCCACUAGAUAAGAGCCUCUCCCUUUCGCCAAGUCACUCUGAUGGAUCAACUGAAACCCUUUCCUUGGCUGCAAUGGAGGAAGUGGAUGAGGUCGGGUCUUCUUCGACCAGAGAAAUAGUGCAGACUGCAUCCCUGAGAAGUUCGCUCUUCUCUGAUUCGUCAAGCCUUCAGGAUUCCCUAUCAACUGAUGCCGGCAGAACUCUGGAAGGCCUGGUUGAUUUGGUCAACACAGACCUGGAUCCAGAAAGUCGCUCUCUUUCUAUAGACAGUGCAUAUGGAACUCUCUCACCGGAGUCCCUGAUCACAGAACUGGACUUAAAGGGACGGAUAGGCCAAAGUGAGGGAGAAGAAACCGAUGCUGGAGAGGAAGAGGAGGCAUUUGAGGAUGAUGAGGAUGUAGAUGAAGAGGAUUCAUUCACCUGGAAUGGCUCUCAGAUUACUGUAAACGAGUCCUACAUUUUGGAAGACCGGUCAACCAAUCAGAAGCCUGGCAAGAAGAACGACUUGGCUGGAAUGUUUCAGGUCACGGGUUGCUGCUCCCAAACAUUGCGGCGCCGUUCGCCUGUCCAGCCUCGCCAGGACUACAUGCAGCACUUUACCGUCAGGUCACGCUCUGAGGAUGACCUUCUUCAACACCUCACUGACCCUCUCCACAGCUUUGACAGGAGAGAUGUCAGCAAAAGCCUGACACACCUCUCCAAACAAACGUUGCAUAGCUCAGAGCUAUUACAGACAGACGGGGGAAAUGUUCAACAGGACUCCAUGGCACUGUCAAGCAAAGUGAUGGACAGUCUUAGUCGAAAAGAGGCCAGGCAUGUGCAAAGGACCCUGAGCUGCCCCAAUGGUCAUGCAAAUUGUGAGCUUUCAGAAAUUGAGAUAUUGCCUCCUAGUGGACUGGAGGAAAAAAGUGAUUUUGUGCUGACCCAGUACCCACAUCAACAGCAUAAGAAGCUGACAGUGGCUCAGUUGCACAGGAUACGUGCCACCAUGGUGCUCAAUUCAACACUAACUGCCUCGGAGGUGUAGUGUCUGAGUAAAUGAAGCUGAUGCCAUUAGCUGGUCUAUUGGUGGGACUUACACCUGGUCUUAGGUCCAAGACUACAUAUGCAAAGAAGCCACCACCUGUAUCAAUAACAGGGCUCCCAAAUGGUUGACUUCUACCUGCAAAGCGAGAGACAACUCACUGACUCAGAUAUAAACACAGGAAGAUCCAGGGAGAACCCUGUGAAACUCUCAGUAAACAGCCUUGACCAUUUAUUAAUAAUAAUCGAAUUUUCACCAUAAUGUCAAUAUUGUAUUUCUAAUGACCAUCCAUAAAAAGACAUACAUUAUGUCUUGCAGUAUGUCUGCCACUGAAAAAAAAGGGACUUGAGUUAAAGGUGCUGUGAGUGAUUUCUUUUGUCUCAACUCCCUGACAGAUACCACUGAAAUAGAUGUUUUGAAAAAUCACAUGUGUCUAUGUGACAGCCCAAGGCACUUCAUAUAGCAAAAAAAAAAAAAAAAAAAAAAGAGUCAGCAGCGACCAGGGUUUUUUUAGCCAAUCAGAAACACUCUUUGCCUCUCUGUCUUUUACAUAUUCAGGUUUGCUGACAUUGCCUUGGAUGAAUUGUCUUUGGUGGGUGAAGGUUUUGAACAAAAGAAGUGGUCGAAGCAAUGGUGCAGUUUAAUUCAGUAACUAAGUCCAGCUGAAAUCACUUAUAGCACCUUCAUUUUACAAAGCACCAGUAGUCAGGAUUUUUGCAAAGUAAGUGACGGAAUAGAAUUCAUUGUCAUCUUUACUUUAUAAUACUUUCACAUCAGUGUCAAUUGACAUAUGUUUCUGACUUCUGACAUUUGGUCUGUUCUCUAAUUGCAAUUUGUGAAAGUGAAUACUGUGUUGAAGGUGAACUACCACACUAACAUUACAAGUCAACAUUAUUGAGUAGUUUGAUUACUUGAGAUAAUAAUCUGAAGCAAGAACUACAGUAUACCUAACUUUUAUCAAACAUUUUAUUGUCACUGUUUGAAUACCAAAAACGGGUCCAUUUUGGUAAUCAGGUUAAGCACAGCUUUUUCUUCUUUUUUUUUACUUUCUGGAUGUCUCCUUUCCUGAACUGAUAAUAGCACUCAGACACUUGUGCACUUGACUCAAAACCAUGUUGUAAAUUAGUCUGCUGAGUUAAACGUGGUUGAAUGCAUUACUGCCCCCUUUUAAAUAUUUAAGGAACUCUGUUAUCACAAAAACAAUGAAUAUGAUGAACUCUAAACCACUUUGAAUCCCUGAAUUCAAAUUAAUUGUAAUUUGGUAUAAUAGAACCUGUGUGUUUCUUUACAUGCUAGGUGAUGUAGCUCCAGUCCUGAAGCACCCAAAAGAUGAAAGACUCUUAAAGGUUUUAGGAAUUUAAUUAAAGCUGAAAUUGCAGACUGAAAGUGUAAUAUCUGUUCCAUUAGCGCCACCAGAUGG